CAUUAACAGCCGCCGCAGCUGCCGCCAGCUUAACCCCCUCGGCUCCGGGCGGAGCGCCGGGAGCCAUCCCUUGCUCUCCUUUAAUGGCACCGUGACAAGGCAAAGUCACCGCAGGACGAGCGGCCCGGCAGGAAAAAAGGGUUUCCAUGGGGCUCCGCACCCCCAUGGACCCGCGGCCGCUCCUGCAGCGUCCUGGCUGGGUGUCCCCUGUCCCCUGUUCACGGGACAGGAGCGCUGGGAGCGGCCCCGCGUGUCCCCGAGCUGCUCAAAUUGUCCCAGGCUGGAACCGCCGCUGUCCCCACGCUCAGGCUGGUCCCGAGGGGCAGGGGCUGCUCCCCGCACCCCGGGACCGCUCCCCGCACCCCGGGACCGCUCCCCGCACCCCGGGACCUCUCCCUGCACCCCGGGACCGCUCCCCGCACCCCAGGACCGCAGCUCGGGGCUCUCGGAGCUCCCUCUCCCUUUCCCCGCAGCUUUUCCAAGGAUCAUCAAUGGCUGUAACUUUAUCCCGGCGUGUUUACAACCCAGCUGCGGCUCUUGGCUCCCUCAGCCGUGCCGGGGGCCAGCUCGGCUCCCGCUCAGCCGCCACACGGCGCUGUCACAGUGUCCCUGUCCCCCCCUCCCCGCCCCCCGCACGCUGCGGUCCCCACGGGACCAUCGGGAUCAGCGCCUGCAUCCCCAUGGAGAGGGGGCUGGAGGAGGCGGAGCGCAGCGGAACGGAUGGACAGAUGUCCCUGUCACCUCCCCCCGCCCCCGCAGCGCCGUUGGCAGCGUUACCCAACCUGCCGAGGGGUUGAAUGAUUAACCUCGGGCUGCGCCGCCGCUCGAGUGGUGUCCCUGCGGUGUCCCUGCACAGCCCCGCGGCGCGGUGGCACCUGGGGACCCUGCGCUUCUGUCACCAGCUCCCAGGAGCAUCCCAUGCCAGGCCCCCUCAGCUUGUCCCCACAAGCACACAGAGGGUCUCCACCCUGUCCCUCACCCCUGUCCCAAG